AUGGCUACGGGGGCAGCGGUGCGCCGCGCCGUGCUGCUCCCCCAAUGGGGCGGUAGCGGCGCCGGGCUCGCGGCCUUGUUCCAACAAUCCCCCACUAUAACUUCCUCGAUCCUGUCUGCGAAAUCCUGCCGUCCAUUCUCCUCUCUACCCCGGUCUUCGACGACAGCCUUCGCGACCGCUUCAGUCCCAUUCUCGUCCAUCUAUUCCGGUUCACGACCAUGCGUACAGUCCCAGCGCUGGACUUCCCCCUUCGGCAUUCUCCGCCAGCUAUCGACAUCGCAAGCCCGCCUACGGGAACAGUCAGCCAAGGAGGCUGUGGCAGAGACAGUGGAAGAGGCGGCGAAAGAUCUCAACAAGGUCAAGCAGGAUGCAUCUGAAGAACAUCUCAAGGUACACGGUUUUGCGAAAAGCGAGAGGGCGAACAAGGCUGCCCACAUCAACAUGAGCGCUCGCCUCUCCAAGGAUGGCAAGAGUCAGUCAGGCACCAAGCCCGGGUUCGCCGAGGUCUGGCGUCUGAUCAAGAUUGCGCGCCCCGAGGUCAAGGCUCUGAGCGUUGCAUUCGUCCUGCUUCUUAUCUCGUCCGCGGUUACCAUGUCCAUCCCCUUCUCUGUCGGCAGGAUUCUGGAUCUUUCCACCCAGGGUUCCGCCGACGAGGUUCGGCUUUUCGGUUUUACCCUCUAUCAGUUCUUCGGUGGUCUCGCUGGUCUGCUCACUCUUGGUGCGACGGCCAACUUUGGCAGAAUCAUCAUCCUCCGCAUCGUCGGCGAGCGUGUCGUGGCUCGGUUGCGCACGCAGCUCUACCGCCGCACCUACGUCCAGGAUGCCGAGUUCUUCGAUGCCAACAGGGUUGGUGAUCUGAUUUCGCGCCUGAACUCCGAUACCGUUGUCGUGGGCAAGAGCAUUACCCAAAACGUGUCUGAUGGUCUUCGCUCUCUGGUUAGUGGUGCGGCGGGCUUUGCGGCCAUGUUUUGGCUCAGUCCUAAGUUGACGUCCAUCAUUCUCGUCAUGGUUCCCCCUAUCGGUCUUGGAGCGGUGAUCUAUGGUCGCACGAUUCGCAACUUGAGCAGACAGAUUCAGAAGAACGUUGGUUCGCUCAUGAAGAUUGCUGAGGAACGGUUGGGCAACAUCAAGACUAGCCAGGCCUUUGCCGGUGAAGUGCAGGAAAUCGGUCGCUACAACAAGCAGGUCAGAAAGAUCUUCGCGCUGGGUCGGAGAGAUGCCAUUGUCUCUGGUGUCUUCUUCUCCUCGACGAGCUGGGCUGGUAACAUGACGAUCCUGGCCAUGCUGAUUGUCGGUGGAAACCUCGUUCGCACAGGCGCCAUGUCUCUCGGCGAUUUGACCUCGUUCAUGAUGUAUACUGUCUUUGCUGGAUCGAGUCUCUUCGGUGUCAGCGGCUUCUACUCGGAACUGAUGAAGGGUGUUGGUGCGGCGAGCCGCUUGUUCGAGCUCGAGGAUCGCAAACCGACCAUUCCACAGACUGUCGGUGUGAAGGUUACCUCUGCGCAAGGCCCCAUCAAGUUCUCCAACGUGACCUUUGCCUACCCUACCAGACCCGCAGUCAAGAUUUUCGACGGCCUCGACUUUGAAAUCCCCUCGGGCACCAAUGUGUGCAUCGUCGGUCCGUCAGGUGGCGGCAAGUCGACUGUGGCCUCCAUGCUCCUGCGCUUCUACAACCCCACAGCCGGUACUAUCAGCAUCAACGGCGUGGACAUUUCCAAGAUGAACGCCAAGUCUCUCCGCCGCCGCAUCGGCAUGGUUGCCCAGGAGCCCGUCCUCUUUUCGGGUACCAUUGCCGAGAACAUUGCUUACGGCAGGCCCUGGGCUUCGCGCACGGAGAUCAUCGCGGCUGCCCAGAAGGCCAACUGCGGUUUCAUCAGCGACUUCCCGGAUGGCCUUGAGACUCAGGUCGGCGCCCGUGGCGCCCAGCUCUCCGGUGGCCAGAAGCAGCGUAUCGCCAUUGCUCGCGCGCUCCUCAAGGAUCCCGAUAUUCUCAUUCUCGAUGAGGCCACCUCCGCCCUGGACGCCGAAUCCGAGACCUUGGUCAACUCUGCCCUUGCCGAGCUCCUCAAGGGCCGCAGUACCACCAUCUCCAUUGCUCACAGAUUGUCGACCAUUAAGCGGUCCGACAAGAUCAUUGUGCUCUCUAGCGAGGGUACCGUGGCCGAGAUUGGCAGCUACACAGAGCUGAGCGCCAACAAGGAUAGCCACUUCAGUAAGUUGAUGGAGUGGCAGAUGAGCGGUGGUGACGUCCCCGCGGACCACCGCCCGCCCUCUGGCGAUCCUCAUAUCAGAGAGGUUGAGGAAAUUGAGGAGGAACUUGCGGAGGCGGAGGAUGACAUUGAUGACGCUGUGGAGGAGGCUGUGAAGUUGCGCAAGCAGCCGGUGAGGGAGUAA